GCAGACUCAGCAAGUGACAUGCAGACAAGUUUUGGCCAAAAUUAUGCAAGUUCUUAUGUAAACAGUUUGUACUUUUUGGUAUUGUUUGUCAACCAAUCAUCGUCCGUAUCGCAAAUUCCUCAAUGGCUGCCAUAGUCGGUCACUGAUGCGGAGUGAAUGCAAAAUAUUCGAUCUAUGUCACAGCUUCAUCUACCACAGUAGUGAUAACAAAUGUAGUGAGGGUAUGUACAACAGUCUGCAGUGGUUUAAAUUCCCUUAAAGCUCAAAGUUCAAGCUUUUCGGUGAAAGAAAGGGCCUUUUGUUAAGAGAAUAUGUGACCCGUGUCGUCCAUCGUUGACAUGGUUCAUAAAAACGCUUAUGCUACAAACCCUGAUAGCGGAGUCGAACUGGAGGGUUUUGAUUCCUCGUUGAAAUCGGAUACGGCUCGACAGAUCACUCAACAAUGGAUUGAGGAGGCUACAGGACGUCAAUUUCAUUCGUCACGAUUCAUAGAAUCUCUGCAAGACGGCGUUCUACUGUGCUAUCUUGUGAAGCGAAUACAACCAGAUUCGUCGAUAAUUCAAGAUGUGAACGAAAAUCCAACCCCUCAGGAAUCUCAGAUAAACCUAAAAAAGUUCUUGCGUGUUUGUUCUGAUCUUGGUCUGAGUGCUUGGCAACUUUUCGAUCCUCAGGAUUUAGAAGCAGGAGAUAAUGUGAUCAACUACAAAUCAGAAGAUGAAGUUGUUCAAAAGGUUGUGAGCACUUUAUACUGGCUUGGGUGCACUAUUCAAAGCAUGUCUUACUACAGAGGACCUAAACUUGAUGUUAGCAAUUUUCAAAGGGAAAGUGAUGGUACCAUAACAGUAAAGCCAACUGCCAGGGUCCCUGCUAAUAAUUAUUCCCACAGAAGAAUGGAAGACAGACCUCACAUGAAUGGAGGAUUAAGACAGGAAAACUCAAUACCAAUGCACCUUACAAAUGGCUAUGCUGAUAAUAAUAAUACAAUGGCCAAUGGAGAUGAUGCUGUGGAGUUUGCUGUUAAUGUCAGAAUACUUGGUGAUGAAAAACGAUUUGGCUUCUCUGUUAUGGGAGGAGUAGAUGAGGGAUUUCCACCAAGAAUUGAUGAAAUCUCCAAAGAUUCUCCUGCUGCAAAAACUGGUCUUCUGGUUGAUGACGAGAUCUUGGAAGUGAAUGGAGAGCCUGUAACCAACCUUAGCCACACAGAAGUCAUUUUAAGUAUUCACAAAUGUCUUAGAAACAGGGUCAUUGCACUGAAAGUAAGGAGAGGACGAAGAUCUUUUCAAGGGCUAAACAAUGGUAUAGAUGUUUAUGAUGGAAUAAAUGGAAACUACAAUGGGCAAGUGGAUACAGGCACAAGAGAUAAACUUCAGCAAAUCAUGAGAGAGCAUGAGAGUGAUCCACAAUUCCAAUAUUACAACUCUGAUGCUGAAUCAGAAGGAUCACACAACAGUGAUAAAUUUUAUAGAAAUGGAGACAUUGGUGUUGUCUCACCAACUGACCCUGGGUGGAAUAAAGAUGUUGGCAAUAAAAGUUUUGGAAUAUCAGGGAAAAACUUAGCUCAAUCAAACUUACAGAAACACAAGUCACUCUCAACACCACUCAUUGAUUUGACAAAGCUGGAUGCUAUAGAGGCAGCUGUUGAUGUGGAUGAUGAUGAUGAUGAUGAUACAUGGGCUCUGCAUAAUCAAGCUUAUGAUAGCGACAAUGAAAAAGAUCAUCCAGGAGCAGCAGAGAAAGAACUGUUUUUCCCAGGCAUCAGUGAACUAAAAUCAAAGCUGCAAAGUGGUAACGACAGAGAAGGAAUUUCGUUUGUGGAAAACCUCUUGGAGCAGAAAGAUUUUCAAGAUGCAACAAAAGUUUACACUAAAAUGAUUGAACUUGAAAGAUCUGGACGAGGACCGAGUGCAGUCAGACCUGUUGCUACAAAUUCACAACAUCUCUCUUCUCAGUUGAAACAUUCCCUCGAGGCAGCCAGACAUUCAAGAGAUGCAGAUGAAUUGGUACAAAUCUUAGAGAUGCCAAACUUUCAGGGUCUUCUGAUGGCGCAUGAUAGACUCGCUUUCAGAGAAGCUUUGCCGAGCGAGGAAGAAGAACAGGAAGUGGAUGCACCCGAAUCCCAAGAUCAGCAAGAACCGCAGCAACCUACGGAUGAAUUCUCUCAUGUGGAAGACGACAAUGUGAAGAUUGUGAGAAUAGACAAAGCAACUGAACCACUUGGAGCUACUGUAAAGAAUGAAAAUGGCACCGUGAUGAUAGGUAGAAUUGUUAAAGGAGGUGCAGCAGAUAAGUGUGGUCUUCUUCAAGAGGGCGAUGAAGUCCUUGAAAUAAAUGGAGUAAACAUGAGAGGGAAAACUGUAACAGAGGUUUGUGAACUGCUGGCGGACAUGAACGGGACGUUAACAUUUGUUCUAAAUCCAGCCAAUCGAUCCCGCGUCCCACCUGAUAGAGAAGUCCACGUGCGCGCGCACUUCGACUACCAUCCUUACGAAGACGAGUUGAUACCGUGCAAGGAACUGGGACUAGCAUUCAGAAAAAGAGACAUUCUGCAUGUUGUCAAUCAAGAAGAUCCUAACUGGUGGCAGGCUUGGAGACCAGGCGAGGAAGGCAGACAAUUAGCUGGACUCAUUCCAUCCAAGCAUUUUCAGCAACAGAAAGAAUCGAUGAAGAAAUCAACUCGAGAAGCCGAGCCGUCCAACAAAGAAAAGAGUGGAUGUCUUUGUUUCAAGCGAAAGCGAAGGAAAAAGGUUCUUUACAACGCGAAACACAACGAAGAAUAUGUGGCGGACGAGGUGUUAACAUACGAAGAAGUGGCGCAUUUACAGCCAGAUCCUCACAGAAAACGGCCUGUGGUUCUUAUAGGACCUGAUAAAGUUGGCCGGAAAGAGUUAAGACAAAAGUUGAUUCUAUUUUCACGAGAACGUUUUGCUCUAGUGGUACCUCACACCAGCCGCCCAAAAAGACCUGAAGAAGUCAAUGAAAGAGAUUAUUACUUUGUUCCACUACCCACGUUUGAGGCGGACAUUGUGGCCCAUAAGUUCGUGGAACACGGAGAAUUCGAGGGUCACUAUUAUGGCACCGCUUUAGACUCCAUUAGAAGAGUGGCCAACUCUGGCAAAUACUGUAUUUUAAAUCUCCAUUGUGAGGCGCUCAAGAUGCUUAAAGCUUCUGAUGUGAAACCCUACGUGGUUUUCAUCUCACCGCCAUCUUACGAUAGAAUAUUGACCCUUCGGAGAGGAAGAGUGGAUCCAUUCAACCCUAAUCCAAAUUCACCUAUGUCUGACGCGGAAUUACAUGACAUGGUGACUAAAGCGAGAGAGAUGGAAGAAAUGUACGGCCAUUACUUCGAUAAAACAAUCGUGAACACAGACUUGGAAAGAACAUUUGACGAACUCAAACAGGCCAUCGAUAAACUUGAUGUGGAGCCACAAUGGGUACCAGCUUUUUGGGUAAAUGACAGCCGUGGCAACUUGUAGAAAAAAAGCCAUGGGCACCAGCUAGAGAUAAACGGUGUUUCGCGAGACGACACCUUGUGUUAUACGAAUGAAAAGGAACAAAGAAAGAUUCAUUACCGUUUUGUAUCGUGGAAAGAAGGUAUUUUUUCUGAAAAGGGUGCCCAGACGAGGAAACCAAAAAAUAUAUGGAACAUUGUCAAAUUAAGGGAAAUAAGUUGCCGAGGAAUUUCAUUUUAGUUAUGCAAGUUAUUCAAUAUGUACAGCGAAAAAUUGACUGACUUUAUUUUCUAAAGAAUGUAUAACUAAUCUUUUCAUUUAUGGAUUCUAUAUUGAGCCAGUAGGGGAUCUGUAUUAGGUGAACAAGAACGAAUGCUUUAGUUUAUGUAACAGAGAGUUUAUAUCUUCCGAAAUUUUUGAGAUAUUUUACUGUUAAUUUGCAGUAUUUAAUAUUCUGAGUGUGGAAGGUACGACAGGUUGCUUUCCCUUUUUUGUGUGUGUGAUGUUCUCCAUAAAGCAGCUCCCUAGCGCUUCUGGCAAAUUACGGAUCAGGUACAUAAACUUGAUAACGAAAAAUUUACUUCACUGGUGGUUCGUGCUAAGAAAAUCAGCCAAGUUUGAAAUGUUUUUUAAGUUUACGUAUCGAUAGAGACUGAGUAUGUAGCAGGUCAUUUCAGUGGCCCCGACCAGAAGUGCGUCAUUAUUUUUUAAAUGUCAGUGCUGAUUUCAAGUGACUUCACACAAGUCAAGUUAACAAGCAAGUUUUAUUUGAUUAUAGAGAAUUGCAAAUUGUAUCAAACCAUUUGAACGAAUGAGCAAAAAAAAAA